AUGGGAGGAAACGACUUAUUACCCAUCUACUACGUGAGUCGGGUUUUGAGAGAUGCGGAGUUGAGGUACCCACGAGUGGAACAAGCGUGCCUAGCCCUCAUCUAUGCAAUGCAGAAAAUAAGACUGUAUCUUCUGAUGCACAAGACGAUCGUUGUAGCUGCGGCGAACCCCAUAGGUUACCUCGCCUCCAAGCCUGUCCUAACAGGGAGAACAGCUCGAUGGAUGUUGCAGUUAUCGGAGUUCGAACUUGAUUAUCAGCGGCCUAAAGGAGUAAGGGGGCAAUCGAUCGCUGAUCUAAUGGCUAUGUUUCCUGGAGAGGGGAAUGACGAGAUUCAUGAUCAUGUGCCCGGGGAGGUAGCUGCUGCUGAUAUCAACAAGCCUUGGACUAUGUUUUUUGACGGAUCGUUAUACGAUACCGUCGGAGGAGCAGGAAUGGUUUUUGAGGCCCCGCAAGGAUAUUUGCUCUCGUAUUCGUUCAAACUAGACUUCCCGUGCAAUAAUAAUGUUGCUGAAUACGAAUCUUUAAUCCUAGGGUUCAAGAUAGCGAAAGAACUCGGCCUAGGAAGCAUAAAGAUAAAGGGAGACUCGAGGCUUGUAACCAACCAAGUCAACGGGGAUUUCCACGUCAAAGAUCCGCAUUUAUCACCGUAUCGAUCAGAAGCUCAAAACAUGAUGAAUCAGACAUGGUCCACCCUAGAUCAUAUGGGCAUAGGUAAGAAUAAACAUGCAGAUGCCCUGGCAACCUUAGCUAGCAAGAUACAACUGAAUGAUAAGGAAUAG